AUGCAGCGCAUUAACGGCGAGGCUCCCGAGGAGGUGAAGGAGUCCCACGUUGCUGUUGACAGCUCCAGUGCUGUGGCUACGCAGCCCAAGACGGAGAACGCGGCUCUGGCCGGCACGCAGCCGUUUGGCGCCUCGCGCUACAGCGACUUCCUGAGCAACGUCUCCAACUUUAAGAUUAUUGAGUCGACUCUGCGUGAGGGUGAGCAGUUCGCCAACGCCUUCUUCGACACCGAGACCAAGAUCAAGAUUGCCAAGGCGCUCGACGAGUUCGGUGUGGACUGCAUUGAGCUCACGUCGCCUGCCGCCUCGGAGCAGAGCCGCAAGGACUGCGAGGCGAUUUGCAAGCUUGGCCUCAAGACCAAGGUUAUCACCCACAUCCGUUGCCACAUGGACGACGCCCGUAUUGCCGUCGAGACCGGUGUCGACGGUGUCGACGUCGUCAUGGGUACCUCCAAGUUCCUGCGUGAGUACUCACACGGUAAGGACAUGACCUACAUUACCAAGGCUGCCGUCGAGGUCAUCAACUUUGUCAAGAGCAAGGGUAUCGAGAUCCGUUUCUCGACCGAGGACUCGUUCCGUUCGGACCUCGUCGACCUGCUCAGCAUCUACCAGGUCGUCGAUAAGGUCGGUGUGAACCGUGUGGGUGUUGCCGACACCGUCGGUGUCGCGAACCCCCGCCAGGUCUACGACCUGGUCCGCACCCUGCGCAGUGUCGUCUCGUGCGACAUUGAGUGCCACUUCCACAACGACACGGGCUGUGCUAUUGCUAACGCCUACACUGCUCUCGAGGCCGGUGCGACGCACGUCGAUACAUCGGUGCUUGGUAUCGGUGAGCGCAACGGUAUCCCCUCGCUCGGUGGCUUCAUUGCGCGCAUGUACGCCGCUGACCGUGACUAUGUCAUGAGCAAGUACAACCUCAAGGCCCUCCGUGAGGUCGAGAACCUCGUUGCGGAUGCCGUCCAGGUCCAGAUUCCGUUCAACAACCCCGUGACUGGCUACUGUGCCUUCACCCACAAGGCCGGCAUUCACGCCAAGGCGAUUCUGGCCAACCCCAGCACCUACGAGAUCCUCAAGCCAGAGGACUUUGGUAUGAGCCGCUACGUCUCGAUUGGCCACCGUCUUACUGGCUGGAACGCGGUCAAGAGCCGUGCCCAGCAGCUUGGUCUCGAGCUCACCGACGACCAGGUCAAGGCUGCCACCAACCGUAUCAAGGUCAUGGCCGACAUCAAGGACCAGACCAUGGAGGACGUCGACGCUGUUCUCCACGUCUUCCACCGUGCCAUCAAGAACGGUCAGGACGUCAGCCAUGACAAGAUCUUUGACAAGCUCCUGGCCCAGCAUAACGCCGACAUGCCGGAGACGAUUGAGAACGCGGAAGCGUAA